GGCUUUGGGAACUUACUUUCACGUGACUCUGGGCUCUGCAGUCCGACAUCUGCUCCUUGCAUGCUUUUGUCACCUUCUGCUUGCACCCUCGCCCUCUCUCUUCUUCUCCAUGCCUUCUCUGCAAAUUACAAACCACACACAGACAGCUACGCUCCGUUUCUUCAACAAUGUUCAAGAAAUGGCACAUCUUUUUACUUCUUCUCUCACUCUCAACCUCCACUGUUACUUCCUCUAGGCCUUCAGGCACGCAACCAUCACUCCCACCCGACGCUCUCGCCCUCGUCGCCUUCAAAUCCAAAGCGGAUUUACACGGCGCCCUUCCAUUCUCCUCCAACGCCACCGCCUUCCAGUCCUUCUGCCGCUGGACUGGCGUCCAAUGCGGCGCCCGGUACAAACUAGUCCGCUUCAUAGUCCAGUCCCAAAACCUCGGCGGCAUUUUCGCGCCCGACACCCUGACUCGGUUAGACCAGCUCAGAGUCCUGAGUCUGCAGAACAACUCGCUCACCGGGCCGCUUCCAGACCUCACCGGACUCACCAACCUCAAAACGCUCUUCCUCGACCACAACUCCUUCGCCGGUUCCCUCCCGCCAUCGCUCUCCUCCCUCCACCGCCUCCGAACCCUCGAUUUCUCGUACAACAACCUCACCGGAACACUACCCACAUUUCUAAUCACUGGUCUGGACCGGCUGUACUACCUCCGGCUGGAUUGGAACCGGUUCAGUGGACCGGUCCCGCCUCUAAACCAGUCCACGCUCCAGACAUUCAAUGUCUCCGGAAACAACCUCACCGGCGCAAUCCCCGUCACUCCGACUCUGCUGCGGUUCGGUGCAUCAUCCUUCUCGUGGAACCCAGGCCUCUGCGGCGAGAUUGUGAAUAAGGAAUGCAACCGGACGAGACCCUUUUUCGGCGCAACUCAUGUUCACGAAGCUCCGCCGCCCACGAGGGUGCACGGGCAGAGCAGUGCAGAAAAUAUCCACGGCGUUGAGUUGACUCAGCCGAGUCACAAAAUCCCAAGAAGAAACGCCCUCAUUAUCGGGUUUUCCACUGGCGUCUUCGUCCUGAUCUGCUCGCUCCUCUGUUUCGCAAUCGCGGUGAAGAAACAGAGGAAAUCCCAAACCCGAAAAGCCGUUAAUUCUGGGGGACCAACUGCGGCGGAGGAUACGGCGGCAGCGGUGGUGGAAAUAGAGGAGGAGCUGGAGCAGAAGGUGAAGAGGGCGCAGGGGAUUCAAGUAGUGAAGAGCGGGAGCCUAAUGUUCUGCGCGGGCGAGUCGCAGCUGUACUCGCUGGACCAGCUGAUGCGGGCGUCGGCGGAGCUGCUGGGGAAGGGGACCAUUGGGACGACAUACAAGGCGGUGCUGGACAACCGCUUGAUCGUGAGCGUGAAGAGGCUCGAUGCCGGGAAGUUGAGUGGGACUAGCAGAGAGGUGUUCGAGCGGCAUCUGGAGUCGGUGGGUGCGCUGAGACACCCGAAUCUGGUGCCGCUGAGAGCGUAUUUUCAGGCGAAGGACGAGCGGCUGCUGGUGUACGAUUACCAGCCCAACGGCAGCGUCUUCUCUCUCGUUCACGGAAAAUCAACUAGGGCAAAGCCGCUGCACUGGACGUCAUGCUUGAAAAUAGCAGAGGACAUAGCACAAGGCCUCUCUUACAUCCACCAAGCAUGGAGACUUGUCCAUGGCAAUCUCAAGUCCACUAACGUCCUACUUGGCUCCGACUUCGAAGCAUGUCUCACCGACUAUUGCCUCUCCGUUCUCGCCACAACUACCCCAACGUCUGAGGAGGAUCCAGAUUCAGCUGCAUACAAAGCCCCAGAGACUCGCACGAACUCAUCAAAUGAUCACGAUCAUCAUGAUCAACAGCAGCAACCAACUUCAAAGUCCGAUGUCUAUGCAUUUGGGAUUUUGUUGGUGGAGCUUCUCACGGGGAAGCCUCCAUCGCAGCACUUGGUUUUGCCGCCCAAUGAUACGAUGAAAUGGGUAAGAUCCUUGAGGGAAGAUGAGCAAAAUGAUGGGCAUGAUAAGAUGGCAAUGCUGCUGGAGGUGGCGAUCGCUUGCAGUUCAACUUCGCCGGAGCAGAGGCCGACUAUGUGGCAGGUGUUGAAGAUGUUACAGGAGAUUAAAGAUGAGACAAUAUCAUCCAUGGAGGAGGUUGAAAAUGAAGUGGGAUGAACACACAUGGUAGCUAACUAGAUCAGUCACCUAAGAGUAUUAACUAUUUUGUAGAGGAGAGAAAUAGAUUCAUCACACAUGAUUAUGGUAAAUUAAUUAUUAAUGGUCACUUUUGCUCUGCUA